AUGGCACAGAGCGUGCUCUACGCCGACCUGCGCUUCGCCAAGGGGCCAGGGGGCCGCGGCACGGCCAGCCAGGCGCUGGAGGCAGCCCUUGGCAUGGACGAGGCCGAGAGCCCCUACGAGAACAUGGCAUCGGGGCCGGCGCCCGCGGGGCCGGCUGGGGAAGGGGCCCUGGAAAGCCCAGGGCCCUGCUCCCGGCGGCGCUGCAUCUCUGCGGGGCUGCUGGUCACCUGCCUGCUGCUGCUGGUGGCUGCCGUGGUCCUGGGGGCCUGUUACUGGCAGGCGACCCGUGAGCUGCGGGACGCGUCCCGGGAGCAGGCGGCCGAGCGCGGCCGCUUCUCGCAGGAGGCGCGGGCGUGGGAGCAGAGCCUGGAGCAGGCGCGCCGGGAGCUGGCGCAGGCGCGCGCGGAGCUGCAGCGAGCGUGGCGAGAGGGCAACAGCAGCCUGCUGGAGCUGGGCAGGCAGGAGGCCGAGCUGGCGCGCGUCUCGGGGGCCCUGGCCGGCGCUGAGAGGGAGCUGCAGGACGUGCAGGGGAGGCUCAACACCAGCGAGAGCACCGUGACCCUGCUGCGCUCCUGCACGGCUAUAGACUGCUGCCCCUCGGGCUGGCUGCUCUACCGCGGCAAGUGCCUCUUCGUCUCGUCGGAGAAGAAGACGUGGGAUGACAGCAGAACGGAGUGUGAGAAUAAAUACUCUCAGCUCCUGAUCACCAAGUCCUGGAGUCGCUGGACAGUGCCGAGCUUCCUGAAGAACGCGGACACCGUGUACUGGAUCGGGCUGCAGAAGACCAGCUUCCCCUGGUAUGACUACGGCUGGCUGGAGGAAGGGGAGCCGGACAGCGACGGGAUCACGGACGCCUGGUUCUGGGUGGACGGCUCGCUUUACGACAGGCCGUGGCAGUCGAAGCUGAACGGGUCCUGUGCCGUAAUCAGCCGCGGGAACAUCAAGCCGGCGCCGUGCAAGGCUCCGGAUGACCUGCAUCUCUGGAUCUGCGAGAAGGCGGCGGGGCCGAGCUCCCCUUUCGGGUGAUGGGUGGUGGCUGCUGGCCACGAACCCGCACCCCUCUGCUUCAGCCCUGCUGCACCCCACGACGGAGCCUGCCCCAUGCGCAUCAGCCCCCUCCUGUGCUGCAGAGCCCUGCCCGACCCCAAACGAGGUGCUCGAGCGGGGCAGCACGUCCCCAAACGCCAGCCCCAUGCCCCCACGAGCGAGCCCCCGUGGCCAGCGCCGCCACCGUGCAGUAGCCCCAGCCCUGAGGCUGGAGCAGGGGAUAGCACGGCGGCACCUGCCUCCGCCACGGUGCCCACCCCACUUUUAGGAUGGCCGCAGCUUUCAGGCAGCCCAUGGAAAGCCACGGAGCCCAAGGAUGGAGCCAUCACCAGCACUGGCAUUUAGGAUUUUUCCUGCUAAUUAGGGAGUAGAGCAGUGACCUUUAGGAUCGCACCGUUUUGAUAGCAAAAGCAGCGCCAGCGCUCGCAGUGGAUGGACACGAGACAAGUCACCGGGGAUUUAAAUAGCUGCUACACGUGCAACAUGGCCCUGAUUUACGUUCAGCCUGGCAAGAGCAGAGGAAGUCAUGUUCAACCAGGCAAAGAUGCUCUGAGUUUAUUAUCGGGCCGUGCGUGCCAUUUAUAGCCAAUUAAUUGGUAUGUAAAUCACUCUGUUUGAAGAGCACAGGGCUGUUACAGGCGGGCGUUUUGGAGGUGCACGUGUCACUCCUCUGUCUUGUCCACUGGCUGAGCCCACUUUGUAGCAAAUAAAGAGCUUGUCUG